UGGUAUUAAGCAAACCGUUGUUCCUGUUACAAAUUUACAAAAGAAGAAAGAGGCAUACGGGAUCUCCUCAUCAGGCACCGAUGGCAAGAGCUCCCAAACUGUGAUUUUGCUAUUAGCACCAAUAGCCAAAAGUAACUGUUUCCCGCCAAAUUCGACAGCUUUUGGUUUUAAUCAAGCGUUCACUCAGCCAACAGGCUACAAUUCCGCUGUUGUAUUUUCGUCAACUGCAGUUUCACCGCCACAAGCAAUUUCUCCUAAUCCUUUGGAUUCGUUACUCAAUACUUUAAAUACACAAAUUGCUUCUCCUACGCCAACGUUACCCAUAGGAGUUACUCAAAUACAAAGCCCUUUAAACUCUCAAAAUGGUGAGUCUGAUAAUGGAAUGUCUUUAGGAACAGACGAACAAGCUAAGGGGAUCGAAAAUUCUAUUAAAUCAUUAUUAUUCGGUCAUGCUUCACCGGCACCAAAUAUUGAUGACAG